GUGACAUGUGCCCCCGGACUGAUGAAGUGCCCCGGAUCUCACAUGUGCAUUCCGAAAGCUUGGACCUGCGAUGGAGAUAAGGACUGCCCAGAUGGGGCAGAUGAGAGUGUAGCUGCUGGGUGCGUGUACAACAAUACAUGCGGUGAUGGGGAGUUCAUGUGCCAGAAUCGACACUGCAUACCCAAACACUUUGUCUGUGACCAUGAUAAUGACUGUGGGGACGGUUCUGAUGAGUCUCCCGAGUGCGAGUACCCAACGUGUGGACCCCUGGAGUUUCGCUGUGCUAAUGGCCGCUGCCUCAUCAACAGCCAGUGGGAGUGUGACGGAGAGUUUGACUGUCAUGAUCUGUCAGACGAGGCUCCCAGGAACCCGCACUGCUCCGGUCCUGAUAAAGAGUGCAAUAACUCCUUCUUCCUGUGUAAGAGUGGGAUUUGUAUCAACGAGACCUUCCUGUGCGAUAACAGUAACGAUUGUGAGGAUGGUUCCGAUGAGCUGAACUGCUUCAUCGAUGAGUGUCUGAACAAGGAGCUGAGCGGCUGCUCGCAGGAAUGCGAGGAUCUCAAGAUCGGAUUCAAACUCGUGGGAGUGUAA